CUAUUCGAGUGCUAUCCACAUUCUACAACCUCCGGUGGUAGUAGUAGUGGUACAUGGCGGAUGGAUCAUAUGCGCGCAGUCAAGGACUAUGCUCGAUCAUCAGCAGAUCAAGCUGCACCUCUUCCUGACGAGCUGAGACCGCCUGAAGUUUUGGAACGAACUGUAACCUAUCUCCUGGCUGCCAUUGCAGACCGAGCAGAACAGGAAGAAUCUACUCGUAGUCUCUGGAAAGCUUGGUAUGAGUUUUUAUGGACUCGAACUCGAGCUAUACGCAAAGACGUCGCUCAGCAGGGUCUCUGUUCUCCGGCGAUAGUUCGUGUAAUGGAGGCGAUAGCCCGCUUCCACGUAUUCUGUGCUGCGCGUCUUGUUGAUCAACCAGUCGAUGCUUUUGAUCCGAGAAUUAAUUCUGAAAAUCUAACCCAAUGUUUGCAAACACUGAAGGAGAUGUAUGAUGACCUUCGCGUUCAAGCAUCUGCUCGAUUGUCAGGCACAGUCGCUGGUCGUUUUCAGAGCCCAUCUAGCGUUGAAAUUGACUGCCCAUUCGAGCCGGAGUUUCGGGCAUACUCGAUUCUCAUGAGUUUGAACGAAUAUAGUGUUCUUAAGUGA